AUGGAAAGAUCCAACGAAAAUGACGAUACACAGGACCACUCUGUUGCAACUGGUAACAUAGAAGAACAAAAUUCCGAUGUAACGUUGACAUCGAUGAAACAAAUUAACGGCAACACAUCAGACAAGACAAAUCACAAGGAACCUUUAGACAAUCAUAGCCCCAAAGAAGAAAGUGACACUGACAAUGGUGAAGUGGAUGAUAGUACUGACAAUACUGAUUCAGAGGAAGACGAUGAUGACGAUAACGAAGAGCCACCCUUGUUAAAAUAUUCUCGAAUAACAGCACUCCCUGCAAACUUCUUCCAAAGAGAUUCUAUAUCUACAUGUCUCUUCCAUGAAAAAGCAUUUUUCUUUGGAACACAUUCAGGUUUGUUAUAUGUUACGAAACCUGAUUUCAGUCCGAUUGCCACAUUGAAGUGCCAUCGAUCAUCUCUCUUUUCGAUAAGUGUGGAUACUCAUGGAUUAUAUUUUGCAACAGGAUCUAUUGAUGGAACUGUAUCAAUUGGAGCACUUGAAGCGCCAACACAGAUCACUGUAUUCGACUUUAAGAGACCAAUAAAUGCCGUGGUAUUAGAUGAUGAUUAUAAAAAUUCCAAAACCUUUGUAUCAGGUGGCAUGGCAGGAGAUGUCAUACUAUCCCAAAGGAAUUGGCUGGGCAAUCGAAUGGAUGUAACACUUAAUAAAAGUGAUAAGAAUCAUGGACCAAUAUUAGCUAUCUAUAAGUUGAAUGAUGUUUUAAUAUGGAUGAAUAAUGAUGAAAUUACAUUUUCAGAUAUACCGACAAGAUCUAAGUUAUUAGCUAUCCCUUUUUAUGAUGAGGAUAAUCCGAAGAUGUUAGGUAAUGGAACUGAAGAUAAUUUGUUGCCUGAAUUGUUCAAACCACAUAUUACCUUUCCCGAAAAUGAUAGAAUUAUAAUAGGUUGGCGUGAUCGAGUUUGGUUGUUUAAAAUAUCAUCUUUGAGCAAUACAGUACCAAGAAGAACAAAAGAUGAUAUACAUAUAAAUGAUAAUAACAACUUUGGAUCUUUACUUUCAAGUGCAGCAUCAAGUUUUCGUGGAAUCCCUGAUAAAAAUGUAAUAAUGGAGAAACAUUUUAGGUUACCAAUCUUAAUAGCAGGUCUUGAAUCAUUUAAGGACGAUCAAUUAAUUUGCCUGGGCUUUGAAGUAACAGAUUCUGAUGAAGUUACCUUUAAAGCUCUGCCACCAGAGCUAAAGCUUUUUGAUCUCACAGAAGAAGCCCCAAUUGAAAUAUAUAACGAUGAAGUAGCAUCCAAGAAUUAUGAACGGUUAUCUCUGAAUGAUUAUCAUUUAGGUAAAUUUAUCAAUAUUGAGAAAAACUUGCCACCAGAAUAUUAUUUGAUUAGUACUACUGAUGCCAUUAGAAUCCAGGAACUGCAAUUAAAGGACCAUUUCCAGUGGUACUUGGCGAGAAGCCGGUACUUGCAGGCCUGGAAAAUAUCCAAGUAUGUAGUAGACGUAGUGGAGCAAUUAAAAGUAGGAUUACAAUACCUGAAUCAAUUAAUUAUUUCAGGUGACUGGGAAAAAGUUUACACAAUGACUCCACAAAUUUUAAACUUAGAUCAGUUACAAGAGAAAGAAAAGAUGACAAAGGAAAAUUCAAUUUUGAAAAACGGUUGGAAUGAUAUCCUAGAUUCAAUUCUGAAAUCUGGGAAUAUAGAUUCUAUUGUAGAUAACAUACCUUCAGAUCCCUUAUUGGAAAAUGGAAUUUAUGAUAAUAUAUUAGAGUAUUACUUAUCAUCUUCAAAACUCCUUCAAUUCCUCACAUACAUUGAAAAAUGGUCUUCACAAGAACUGUUUUCUAUAGAGCAUUUUGAAAAGGUACUUGAGAACAAAAUAGAAGAAUCCUCGAUUGGUGAAAAGCAGAAUUAUUACAGAAGAGCAGUAGUGCUCUUAUAUUUACAUCAAGAAAGGUAUUCAAAAGCUAUUCCUCAUAUGAUAACGUUACAUGAUGAAGAAAUAUUCAAUAUUUUGAAUUCUCAAAACCUUCUAUCCCAGUUCAGUGACCAGGUAAUAGACAUACUCAUGAUUCCAUACUAUUACGCAGAAACUAACCGACCGCAUAAAUAUCAUAGCAUUGAAGAUAUGCCCCUAGAUUACAUAGAAUCAAUUUUCACAAAAUCAAUCGAAUUGAUUACAAUCAAUAGAAAGCGCAUAUCAGUUAAAAAAUUAAUCGAAAAAUUCCAAGAACAUACUGAUUUGACAAAAUUACUUUUUCUAAUAUUGAAAAAACUUUCUAUAGCUGAUCCAAGCCUUACCAUUCCAUUUGAAGACCAACUUGUUGAGUUAUAUACCAACUACGAAAGAAAUGGGUUAUUGAAUUUCUUGAAAACCAAAUCCAAUUAUAAUAUUGAUGAGGCUAUUAGGAUAUGCUCUACGGUACCAGGCUUAUCUAAUGAAUUAAUUUACCUUUGGGGUAGAAUUGGAGAAACUAAAAAGGCUUUAUCACUAAUCAUCGAUGAAUUAAAUGAUCCAAAGUUGGCGAUCGAGUUUGUAAAGAGCUGGGGUGAUACAGAACUAUGGGAUUUUAUGAUCAGUUAUAGUUGGAAUAAACCUGUCUUUAUCAAGGCCUUACUUGAAUCUACGGAUAACUUUGGUGAAACACAUUUGGAGGUCAUUAAGGGAAUGAGUAACGACAUAGAAAUCGAAGGCUUGCAUUCAACGUUGGAUAAAAUAUUAAGAGAAAACACUUUAAACUUAAAGGUUAAUAACCGGAUCUAUAAAAUUGUGGAUGAUGAAACUAUAUCAUCGGCAGCAGAAUUAUUAAAAUUGAGAGAUUUGGGAAAGUGUUUUGAUGUCGAUGAAGAAAGUGACAGAGAAGAAACGUACUUUUGA